AUGGCUCCUCCGACCUCCAAGACAACACCCGACUCUCCUGACUUAGGAGCGCCCCGGAAACGGCGCCGAACUGCCCUGGCCUGCGAGGAGUGCCGCGAUAGGAAGCGCAAGUGUGACGGAGUCAAGCCCGUAUGUGGAGCAUGCAAAACCCGUUCCGCCCCGCGAUGCAUAUGGAAUCAGGAGAGAAACAGCAAGGGAUGGUGGAGCAACAGUUAUGUUCAGGAGCUCAAGAGUCGCGUCAGAGAGCUGGAGGAUACACAGAGGCUAGCAGGUACUAUCAACGUACACAUCCCUCCAUCUGAGGGCGAACUCGGUGGCCCUGUCAUCUUGCCAGAAGGCUCUCCGGCUGUGGUACUCCCUGCUCAAGACGAUAGUGACGACCACAAUGACAGCCCAGAUGAGAGGCCACAACUCGAUACUGACCAUGGUGUUCGCGUGCCCGAAGAUGAUGCACCUGACGGGACGGAUGCAAUGGGUUCUUACCAUCUAGGAAUACCCUCGCCGUUGGAAUCCACGGCAGUAGCACCUAUCGAUAAUGCUUCAGAGCAAACCUCUGCGCCUUGGGCCAACUUGAGCUUUGGACCACUUUCCGCAUUUGUGUCUCCCCCAAAAGAUCAUCCCGAAGAAGGGAUCGAAAAACCAGCCAUGGCCGGCACAGGGACAGAACAGCCCGCAAUGGACGCCAUGGGAGUCGUCGUGUCCAUACAUGGUGCGAAUCCCCAAUCAUCAAAACACCCAUCUGACUACUUCGGCCCCUCGAGCACAAUCAGCCUCCUCCGUGAGGCCCGGAGUGUCAUGGGCCGACGGAAUUGCGGACACGUGCCUUGGCUUCUUGGUAACUGUUCGACGGGCAAAGAUGGCGCCAUGGUGUCAACAAGCGAACCAUCGCCCAUGUCAUCUAUAUGGCUCAACUCUGGGUACGACAAGUUCCACCCCAUGCUUGGAAUGAAUGUUCCCCCUCGAACUGACGCGGAUCGCCUCGUCAACCUCUUUUGGACAUAUGUGCACUCUCUAUACCCAUUCCUGCACUGGCCGUCAUUUUAUGAUCGCUAUCUCACACUCUGGACGCCUCAGACAUCUCCACAAGAUAACAGAGCCACUUGUUCCAUGAGUGGAUACUACAGUACCCUCAACGAGUCCUUGUUUCACUGCAUGCUCAAUGUCGUCUUUGCUUUGGGCGUGCUUCACAACACGGAGCUCACUCAACAGGAACGAGACGACAUCAGCUAUACCUUCUUCAGGCGCGCAAAGAGCCUCCUCGGCCUCGACUUGCUGGAAAGCGGAAGUACGCCCUUGGUACAGGUACUUCUUCUCAUGGGCCAGUACCUCCAGACCAGAGACAUCACGAGUUCGUGCUGGAAUAUCAUCGGCAUGGCAAUCCGUGUCGCCCAGGGAAUAGGGCUGCACCUUCAACCUGAGGAGCGGGAAGAAGGCGAUGCUAGCAACUGUCAGGCAGCCGACCAGCUCGAAGAGGAAAUGCGCCGACGCGCUUGGACUGGAUGUGUCUUGCUCGACCGGAUCCUCUCGCUUACUUAUGGACGCCCCCUUAUGAUACACUCGGGUGCGGCGCACAGCCAACUCUCACUUCCAUCGACCAUCGAUGACGAACUAUUGACGCGAUUUCCCCAUAGUCCAGGGUCUCAGCCAAGUGAUAUGCCCAGCCGCGUGGAAUGCUACAUUCACGCCAUCAAACUGCAGGACAUCCUCGGCCAAGUCCUCACUUCUUUUUACCACCAAGGCUCAGAGAAUGAGGGUGCGUCCGUCCCGGGCCUCGGCGUAGACGAGUCACAACGCAAGGGAAUUAGUAACGCCGGACUACAAAAGCUGCUUGACUUAGAUAGCGAGCUUGAUGCGUGGAACCGAAACCUACCGGCGCAUCUGCAAGUCGACAGCUACUCGAUCGAGAACUCGCCUUUGGGCGGUCCACGGUCGAAGAGGUCAACCAUCUUUUGCCGUCAAGCUACAGUACUCAAAGCAAGGUACGUUACUACUGUGAAUUCAUCAAACCCUUACACGUCGGUUAAGCAUUGCAGGUUUCUUUAUGUGCGUCUGAUCUUGCUAAGGCCUUCAUUGUCGGAACUCUGCGACUCAAAAGACAUGGUACCAGCCCGACUUGGUACAGCCAAUGCGAGCAUGCGACAGAGCAUGUUGAUAAAGACCGGGAAUUUGUGUGCGUCUGUCGCACAAGAGCUUGUUUAUCUAAUAACAGAAAACUCACGCUCUCGUGCUCACCUCCUACCACCACCCUGGUAUAACGUACUUUAUAUACACGGUUGUGCUCUUGUUCUUCUUCUGAGCUCUUUGUGUUUGCCCAAGUAUAACGACGUUGACCAACCCUCUCUGAUGACUGACUGGAAUCGAUGUUUGACCUUUCUUCGCGAGUAUCAAGCACAAAGCCGAUCUGCAUCACGCUGUAUCAGAAUCUUGGAACUCCUGGAGCAGGAAGCAUUAACCCACAACAGUGGAAAUAGAAUGAUAGACGAGCCUCAUAUAUCGUCGUUGGAGGGACAUCAGCCUACCCUCUCCCUUGACGCCAGACACUUGGGACUCGACCUGAUUACUGGAAAGGACAUCCCCUCGACGCCCGCCCUUGGCCCCGGCGAAGAGGAUAGUAACUGGGUAAACACAGACGGUCUGGAUUGGUUUUCAUUGGCUCCAUUCCUUGAUGGGACAGCAGAUAUUGCCCCUUAG